AUGGCCCUGCGGAUGAUUCGCGGUUACCGGACGGUGGCCACCGAAGCGGCGUUUGCAUUAGCCGGUACCCCUCCAUGGGACCUGGAAGCCCGUGUGCAUGCGGAAAUCUACUCCCGCACUGCAGCAGCAAAGGAAAGAGGGGAACGGGUGCCACCAGAUUGGCGUCGCCAAGCGCGAAUGCUGAUAAUGCGCACCUGGCAAGACCAAAUGGCAUCUCCAACUGCCGGUCACAGAGUUGUUGCAGCAAUUCGGCCAGUACUGGAGGAUUGGGUGGCGCAGCGUAAUGGCACUCUCUCCUACCGGAUGGUGCAGAUGCUGACAGGACAUGGGUGUUUCGGUCACUACCUGCACCAUACGGCCAGACGGGAGCCAACGCCUCAGUGCCAUCACUGUACGGAGGAGGACGACACGGCGCAGCACACGCUCGUUGCCUGCCCAGCCUGGGUCGCACAACGGGCAGAACUCUGCGCCGCUAUAGGACCAGACCUGACACUCCCGGACACUCCCGGACAUAAUAAGAGCACUAGUCCGGUCGAGAGAAGCCUGGCAGGCGGUCUCUGCUUUCUGCGAGUCCAUCAUGACGCAGAAGGAGGCCGCUGA